GGGGGGGGGGGUGGUUGCGUCAAAAAUUUUAAUACGGAAAACAAGCACAUGCCAUCAUUUUUCUGCUUCUCUGUUUUCUGUUCACAUUAUUUUAUUUUAAUAUUUGCUCACUUUGACGAUAAUAACAAACAAGCAACUAACCAGCAAACAAUACAUACUAUUUUUAUCCCUCUUCCUUCCUCUGUCGACAGCAUCCCACGCCUCGUAUACAUUCAGGACCUUUGCAAACGUAAAAUAAAACAAUGAUUGGACUUUCAGCCCGUGUGCCCAUGGCUUUUGGAUCCAUGAGUGCUGUGACAAUCCGCAGAAUGACGGCAGCAGCAACAAAUCCUGGAUUCAUAAUAGACAAGCCCGAGUUUUACGUAACCUUCAAGGAGCUAGGUCCCAAGGCCGGGUGCCUUGCUAAAAUCACGAUGAAUAGCCCAAAGGCCAACACGUUCACGUACGCUUCACUGCAGGCCCUCGGCGACUGCCUCGCCGAGGUCGAAGCCCAGAAGGGCGUACGCGGUCUGGUUUUGGAUUCAACAGUGGACGGCUUUUUCUCAGGUGGCUUCAAUCUUCCUAUAUUCCAGAAGAUAUCCCAAGAGGAUUUCAUGCAGCUGUGGUCCCUUGGAAAACACAUAUUCCGCCGCAUCUACUCGCUUCCAGUUCCAUCCGUGGCGGCAAUCGACGGACAUGCGCUGGGCCUGGGCUGCGUCAUGGCCAUGGCCUGCCAGCAGCGGUACAUGGUCAUUGGUGCGAAGAAGCUCAUUGGUCUAAAUGAGGUUGCUGUCGGGAUGCCCCUGCCCGAGUGGCUUGCCGUGCGUUUCCGCGAUCUGACAUCCAUGCGAACUGCCGAAGAUCUUUUGGCCUCUGGCACUGCCAUAACUGCGCCACGCGCUCAUCAAAUCGGCCUUAUAGACGAGGUGUUUACAUCCAAGGAUGAGAUGAAUGCUGCAGCGAUGGACUUUUUGUGGGAACGCGCCGCCAUACCCUACUAUGCCCAAUCAGAGACCCUAAAGAACUUGCGUCGCGGGUUUUUGGAUUACUUUGACGCCGAAUUUGAGAGGGACAAUGCGCAGUUCUGGAUUGCUAUGAGCCACCCAAGCACCCAGCAGUGCAUUGAUCGCGCGAUUGCACAGCUUGCCGCCAAAAGCAAGGCAAAGAAGUAGAUGGUUGGGUUGGGUUUAAUUUGCUCAUAUGAUUUGGUGCCGCAAAAGUAUCGUGGCAGUAUGACCCGGCGAAAUGCCGUGCGAUACUGUUUUGCGUCGGGCAGUCAAUAAUUUAAUUAUUUUUACUGCAGAAUUCAAGUUCUAGCUGUACUCAAACAAUUAUUCCCCAACGAGCAACGAUUUGAGCGAUUAAAAUGCACAAGUAACUUUAUACACUCGGAAGCAUUGGGCUUAUCAUUUGUUUCUGGCUUGCAAUGCAGUUAACGAAAAGUAACUUGCAAUUGUCUGCUGUUUUAUGUUGUUGCUGCCACUAUCCAAAAGUUUAUGCUCAACUUUGGUUGUUCGAAAGUUUUAGAAUUGUAUUUGGA